CGCGGCCGGCCGCCGUCCGCGCGCGCAACGAACGAACGACCCGCACUCCCGCGUACGACCCGCGAAUACCGCGAACACACGACUACCGACACCGAUCCGCCCCUACGACAAACCCACUUACCAAAUCGAAAUCUAACCUUCGGAAAGUGCAUCGACGGAUCGACUGUAGUUACGAAUAACUUGCGAGGGCGGAUUAACGAACAUAUCGACUAACUAACUCGAACAGCACGAAGGUGCGCGUCGCAAAAAGCGCAAUACAAUAGAGUAAGCGUCUAAUUAUAACGCGAGUGAUCCACAACAGCCGCGAGGAUGCAGAACAUAGAUCCUCUGGAGUUCGCCAACAUCUUGGCCACCGAGCUUUGGUGCCAGCAGUUGGCGAAUUUCGAAGGCCUCCAAUCGGGGGUUCCAACCCGAACCACGGCGACCAUCACGCCCACUCAGCUGCGCAGUUUCGAGCAGACGUACAUCGAGCUCGGCUCUUGCCGCAGCGAGCAGACCAGUCACGCGGGCUUUGUGCCGCCUUCCGUCACGCAGAACAACCAUUACGGCAUCCUGAAUCCGGUAAGUUAUUGUGAGUCGGGCCCGACGACGGCGCUGCAUGUGUCGCCGGGCCCGCUCUCCGCUAGUGGCGACAGCAGCAGCAGCCCCGGCCUACCCGCGCCAAAACGUCGGAACAUGGGCGGACGCAGACCGACCAAGGCCCCUCAAGACACCACUCCAGAAGAGGAAGAGCGCCGAAAACUCCGACGUGAAAGAAACAAGAUGGCCGCCGCGCGCUGUCGCAAACGUAGACUUGAUCACACCAACGAGCUCCAAGAUGAAACGGACAAACUCGAGGAAAAGAAACAAGCUUUGCAAGAGGAGAUCCGGAAACUGAGUAACGACAAGGAUCGUUUAGAACGCAUAUUCCAAAGUCAUCUUUUAACCUGCCGAAUGUCGAAAAGGCCCAUAAGCCCGCCCGAUGUGAAGCCCUUCCAAGACUCUUACGCGUACAACCCUGAGCUGCCCGAAGACGGGGUAAGGGUGAAAGUGGAAGUACUGGACGCCGUCGAUCGUGUCAACUGUAAUGUGCUGGGGCUAGAUAACGAUAUUAUCUUUACGCCGACACCAGACAAAAGAAUAAUGCUGUCGGCAGCAAACCUGGCGGUAGUGACGUCAUCGUCGCCGGCGCCACUGGAGACGCCACCAGUAACGGCGCGGCCCAGCCGGCCCAGCUUCCUGCAGGUGCCUCUCACGCUCACUCCUGCGCAGAUCCACAACAACAAAGUGGGCAACAACAAAAUCGCCGGCAUCGAAAUCAGCACACCAAGCAACGGGAUCCCAUUCAACUUCGACAGCCUCAUGGAGGGAGGCACUGGUCUAACCCCUGUGCACCCUCACCCCCAUCCCUGCGCACAGCAGACCAGAGCCCUACCCGACCAGGCUUCACCAGACCAGCAUAACAGUCUUGUCAGUCUCUGAGAGUUAACCGACGCCGCCUUACUGCUAUUUGAACCUUUUGAAGUCUUUCUUGACUCGCAACCCCCUCUUUACUAAUUAAAAACACAUAAAUUAACACUUGGCAAAUCCCUGCGUUACUAUUUCGAAAAAUUAUUUAACUGUGCUUAAUUAUCUAAUUAAAAUAAAAUUAGACAUUGAGAAUGACAAGUUUACACAGACAAUUGUGUUGCUCUUACUGAUGCUUUUGUUCUUUACAAUAAAAUUUGUUCUUACUAGUAAAUGUUUUCGUUAAAUUGGAGAUGCCCAAGUGAUUGAAUUCGAUGUGUUUUUGGUAUAAUAAAUAGGUCGAUUUUGACAUCGUGCGGUAAAAGGUGCUUAGGUGGUUUGCGAGCGUCAGAAGCUCCGCGGCUCUAUAAACGUCUUAAAUAUAGAUACAGUAGGUACGCGUGCCUUUGCGCAGGUUGUACCGUCGGCGUGUGACGCCGGCGGCGUGCGAACCUAGUUCGUAUAAUCGAGUUUCGUAUAGACUACGGAUUCUUAUGUAUUCGAUGUGCUACUUUACCCUUAUCUUCACGUAAGCAUUCUUUAUCUGUUCCCUUGUUCGCCGCCAACGGCAAACGUUUACUAUCUGCUCGAUUUAAUUUAAACAACUUGCUCACUAUGUGCUUUUUAUUUAUAUCGUAGUCUUCUAUAGAUUAAUGGCCCAGCGUUGCCAGCCUACAAAAGUCAAUUGAGGAGCUGUUCUAGAACUCUUUAACGGAGAAUAUUUUUUAUAUAGAUUUGUAUUUCUGCAGAAAUAAUAAUUGUGAUUUUAAAAAGAAUAAAACAGAGUUUUAUUUGAAGCAUUUUAAGGAUUUAUUUGGAGUUGUGCUUAUAUCUAGCGAGGCUAGACUUGACGGUGCGUAUAUAUUGUAUAAGUUCUAAGAUCUCUCAGUAAACCGUAUUGGCACAAAAUUGUCUAUCUACCGAACGAAGUAUCUUGUCAUAAUAAAACCUUGUGCCAUUGUCUACGUCUACUCUCAGAAAUACAAUUAAUUACGUGUAUGAAUAUUUAGUUAACCAUAACUAACAGCAAUAUUACUUAAAGAAUAUAUUAAUAUAUUGAACGUAAGUAAGCUCAAUGUUGGUUUAACGUCUUACCGUUCCAUUGGUUAGGUACUGGUAGUGUAAAUUAUUUGUUAAGCCUUUUUGUGAUACGUCCAGUGAUUGUGCGGUCUACUACCCGGCGCCUCGAAAGAACUACCGUCAUUCUCUGCCGGACAGAGACGCAAUUAUAUGCCAGAGCGAGCAAGGCAUAUUUCUUUCUUUUUGUGUCGUAUAAUUGCGUCCUGCUCGGUGACAAACAAUUUAUAAUGCACACGGGUUGGCUCCUCACACUCAUGCCAAUCGCUUCUUUAGUAUUUUUUUUACAUUGAUGAUAAUAUUUCAUUAACAUUAUAAUGUUUGAGAUUGUAAGUUGUACUCAAUUUGAAACUCACUAAUGUACAAAGUAACUGUGAAUGCACGUCAUCAAAAACUAGACGCAAUAUAUGUAGUGUUGAACUACUUUAGAUAAAAUAUUUAUGUGGCAUGAGUUUUUUAAAAUCUUACUUAUUAUAAAGACCACUGGAAUGAAAAAUAGUAUAUAAGGCAAUAAUUAGGAUAUAAGAGCACUUAACAAUUUAAUUUUAAUAUGCAUAACGUAGACCAAAAUUAUACUUUAUAUGCUUUAUAGUAGUUUUAAUUAAGAUUUAAGCCAAAUAUUGAAUUACGUCGUUAUAUUAGGUUAGGAUAGCCGCCGUGUCCGUGCAAGUAUUAUUGGUUAGAGGUUGGACGCGGAGUAUUUAUUCAGCGUAUUACUUACAACACUAGUAGUGCAAUAGUGCGGUAAAAGCCUAUAUUUUAUACGACUUUUUUGUACCGUUGUAUUCAUUCGAAAUAUUAAUGCAUAAUAUGAACAUUGUAGUUAUAAUGGAGAUGUAAUUUUUUUACUAGAAACAAUUUUCUUAACGCCAUUGUAGUACUUUUGUAUUUUUUCAAUGAAUAGCAAAGCAAUUUUAUAUUUGAUAAAAAAAUUAAACUAUUUUUAAUUGUCGCCAGAUGUAGUGAAAUAUUAUAUGU